AUGCUUUUUGACGUCGAAACGCUCAGGAGAUGCGACAAAUUUCUGCAAGUUCCUCAUCAUGAGAAAGACUCGUUGACUGUACUCAGAAAUCCUGAUCUUGAGCCGAUACCUCUCGAACGAAGAAUCUGGGGCUUUUGGUCCUUUUUUGGUUAUUGGGGUAUACCCAAUAUCACAAUUUGGACAUGGAGUACGGGUUCGGCAAUGCUAUCGCUCGGUCUUAACAUCCAGCAUACCAUGGGAGCUUUGACGCUCGGAAAUAUAUUGAUAUGCGUUUACACAUGUCUUAAUUCUGGCCCAGGAGCGAAGUAUAGAAUAGGAUACACUGUUUGUCAGCGAAUGAUUUUUGGAAUUUACGGGUCAGGAAUUGGUAUAUUUAUAAGGAUUGUUUUGUCCAUCGUCUUCUAUGGUUCGCAAAGCUGGCUUGGUGGUUUAGGUUUUGUUGUUAUGUUUUCUUCUUGGAGCAAAAGCUAUAUGAAUUUGGAAAACACUUUCUCCUCAAGUGUAGCUAUGACAACCAGAGAUUUCAUAGGAUUUCUCGUCUUUCAGGUGUUGCAAUAUGCCUUUUUCUUUAUGAGGCCAGAAAAAAUGAACAAAGUUGUCAAUUUUUCCUGUCUGAUCACUAUAAUCGCUAUGGUAGGGGUGUUUAUCGCUACUCUGGCUAAAAACCAUGGAGCUGGUCCUCUUUAUUCGGAGCCUGUCACCUUGAGCAAGAGCUACACAGGUUGGAUGUGGUUAUAUUCCAUGACUAUUUGGUAUGGUGCCCUAUCACCUGAUUGCACAAACCAAUCAGACUUCUCUCGUUUCUCAAGUUCUAGAAAAAAGAUGUACUUGGGAAUCAUCUCGGCUGUUAUGAUCACGGGUACUAUCGUCCCUCUUAUGGGAUUACUCUGCGCCUCAGCAACACAGCAGCUAUAUGGAACUGAAUUAUGGCUUCCCACUGACAUCUGCCUUCAGUGGUUAAUCAAUGACUAUUCGCCGGGUGCUCGAGCUGCCUCUUUUUUCUGCGGCUUGGCAUUCAUGGCAUCUCAGAUGAGCUUCAAUGUUCUCGCUAAUGGUUUCGCAGGAGGAAUGGAUCUGGCAGGGGUACUACCUCGUUAUAUUAAUAUAAAACGAGGUGCCAUAAUAACGGCUCUACUUUCGUGGGCCACUCAACCAUGGAAUUUUUACAAUACAUCCUCUGUAUUCAUCACAGUAAUGAGCUCCUUUGGGGUGAUAGUCACGCCAAUAAUAGCUAUCACUGUUGCUGACUAUCAUAUUAUUCGCAGAGGCACUUUACCCUUAUCGCACCUUUACAUUACAGAUCCUGAUGGUACUUUCUACUUCAAAAAAGGCUUUAAUUUCCGAGCAAUUUUCACCUGGAUUUGCGGUAUGGUACCUGGUCUUCCCGGUUUAGCAGAUGCUGUUAGUCCCAUAAGUGGAUUUCCGGAGGGGAUGAGAAAUUUUUUCUAUGGCAGUGUCGUCUUCAGCUUCUUCUGUCCAUUAAUCUUGUACGUUAUUGUCUGCAAAAUCUUCCCAGUUAAGAACCUAGGAAUGGUGGAGGAAGAGGAUGUAUAUGAUAAUAUGACUGUAGAAGAAAUCGGGGAAUCUGGUAGUCAAACUUAUAACAUGACGUUGUUGGAGGGUGUUGAUGUUGAGAUGGGCAGUAUGGUGAAAGAUGCCAACGCUUCUGUGAAGCAAAAGGUAGUCGAGAGUUGA